AUGACUCCCGCUUCUUCCUCUUCUCCGCUGCCACGUCGAGCCAUCAUCGCCGUCACUUCGGCCACGGCGCCACUCCACCAAGGCCAACCCACGUGGCUGUUCAUCUCCGAGGCCCUUGACCCUUUCAACGUCUUCAAGGACGCUGGGUUCGAGGUCGACAUCGUGUCGGAAAAGGGGACUUGUGUCCCGAACUGGCUCAGUCUACAACCCGAUUUCCUCGACGGAGAGGACAAGGAGCAAUGGGAAGAUUUGAAUGGAGAGUUCAGGACAAAACUCGACAAUAUGCCUGCUGCUGCUGAUGUUGCUGAUGUCGAGAGUGUCGAUGGGAAGAAUGCAACUACGCUUUGCUCGCUCAUGUACCCUUCUUAUGGAAUAUUCUUUGCCAGUGCAGGUCACGCUGCAUUGAUUGAUUACCCUCACGCGACCGGUUUACAAAAGAUUGCCACCGACGUUUGGAAUCGCGAUGGUGUUUUGAGCGCCGUGUGCCAUGGUGAAGCAAUCUUCCCGGGUAUCAUCGACUCCACGACCGGCAAGUCGGUCAUCGCCGGCAAAACCAUCACCGGAUUCACCACCCAGGCCGAAUAUGACAUGAAUCUCACGGAUCCUAUCAGGAGUUGGGGUGAACCUCUGAUAGACGAGUGGGCGGAGAAGUUGGGUGCAAAGUAUGUCCGAUCAGAGGGAGUUUGGGAUGAUUUCCAUGUCACUGAUGGACGGAUCGUCACGGGCAUGAAUCCCCAAAGUGCGAAAAGUACAGCCAAAGCUGCCGUCGACAUCUUCCAGAAGCUUUAA